AUGAAUGUUGGAGAUAAUGGUAGAUGGAAUAGAAACUUUCCAUGUUCUAGAACACUUAGAGUUGUAUGUGAAGUACCUGCUACAACAAGUUUCACAACUACAACAAUGGCUCCACCUUCCACUAUUGCAACUAUAACAGAGCCAGGUGUUUCAACUGUUGUACCAGCUGGAGCAGUUACACCAACAAUUACCACUACAGCUACAACAAAAGCAGGGCGUUUGCAGAGUAGUAUAUUCAUGUCAAUGUGGAUAGGUGCCAAUUGUCGGGGAGCAGACGAAGGCUGGAGAUGGUCUGAUGGUUCACCAUUCUCCUUUUUCCACUGGAUGCAAGGACAAUGGAAAGAUCAAGAAUGUGAUGUCAAACAAGGAUUUAUUUGUAGAAAGACAGUUGCUGAACCAACCCUGUCGCCAUUCCUCCCAACAUCACCUGUAAUUAGAAAAGGUCAAACAUAUGGUUGUCCAGAUGGAUGGGUUAGUUAUAGAUCGAUCUGCUACUUGUUUGCCAGAAACAAAACCACAUGGAGUGCUGCCAGAUCUAUUUGUAGGAAAAAUGGCGCAGAUUUAGCUUCGAUUGCAGAAGAAGAAGAACAGGAUUUUAUUACAAGCCAAAUCCCUAAAACUCAUUGUUACAACAUGCAUUUGAAUGAUACACAGUGUGAUUUAUGGAGUGAUCAAGGAGAAUGUCGGACAAACCCAAAACGGAUGGCAAGGUUAUGUCAAAAGAGCUGUAAUUUGUGUUUUGAUGAUUGUAAAAAUAUCCAUUAUUCUAAGGAGUGUGACCACUGGGCUAGUGUUGGUGAAUGUGACAAAAACCCAACUUAUAUGUUGAAGAAUUGUCCAUUGUCAUGUCGAACUUGUGAUUCAGCUAUCUUUAGUGGAUUUUGGAUUGGGUUAAGUGAUGAUACUGUAAAUCAGAUGAAUUUUAAAUGGUCAGAUGAUAGCACUGUCAAAUAUACAAAAUGGGCAAAAACUAAGCCCAACAAUUGGAAUGGUCAGAAACGGGGGAUUUGUGUUAUUAUGCUUCUGAAGAAUGGAAAAUGGAAUGAUGUUCUUUGUGACAAGGCCAAUGCAGGAUUUAUUUGUAAGAAAGGGAAACAGGUUUUAGAUGAAGUUACACAGUCACCACUAGCUGUCGGUUGUGUCAAUAACACCAUUGGUUACGAUGCGUACUGUUAUGGAAUCAAUAAUGAACUGACAGAUUGGGCAACUGCAGAGAGUGUUUGUGCUCAAGUUCAAUAUGGACAUCUGGCAACAAUAAACAAUGUAUACACUCAGUUGUUUUUAGCCAGUCAGGUAGCUGGUAAAUCUGGACACUAUUGGAUUGGUCUUACCCAGGAUGUUAACUCUAGUGCCAUGGUAUCUUGGACUAGUGGUCUUUCAGUAUCAUAUACAGCUUGGGCAAAGAGUCAUACAGGGAGUAUUGAUGAAGAUGCUAUGUGUGUUGCCAUGACAUCAACCCAUCCUAUUGGAUUAUGGGAAACCAGAAACUGCACAUUACAAAAUAACUACAUUUGUGAAUAUCCAAGAGAAGGUUACACUACACCUACAACUUCAACAGUAAAACCUGCAUUAUGUCCUUCAACAUGGAAGGAGUUUAAUGGUUAUUGUUACAAGAAAUUUAAUAAGAGAAAUGAACAAAGAACUUGGAUGAAGAGCCGUAACUUCUGUCGAGAUAGAGGAGCAGAUUUAGUCAGUAUUCACAGUAGUGAAGAAAACAAUUUUGUUAGGAUCAGCAGUGGCCUUGAUGAGGUUUGGAUUGGUUUAAAUGAUAGAGAUUCAGAAAAUGGUUUUGAAUGGUCUGAUGGAUCCCCAGUGAACGUCAUGAUAUGGGGACAAAAUGAACCCAACGAUAAAUUUCAACAAGAAGAUUGUGUUACUAGUUUAAGAUAUCACAUGGAUAGAUGGCAUACAUGGAAUGAUGAUAAUUGUUACAAACGUAAAUCGUUUGUUUGCAAAUUUCAAAAAGGGAUGCCAUUGAUAGAACCAAAUAAAACAUACACUAAAGAAUAUUGUGAAAGUGAUUGGCUAUAUUUUGAUGGCUAUUGUUACUUCAUAGGAGAACGUGUUUUUAUAUAUUUCAAAGACGCGGUACAGACGUGUUAUGAUAAAAAAUCCAACUUACUCAGCAUCCAUUCUCAGCAUGAGAAUGAUUGGAUUUUAGAGCAAAUUAACAAAAAGUUUGAUAUGUGGAUUGGCCUGAAUAAAUUGAAUCGUCGGUAUGACUGCUACAGAUGGUCUGAUAAUUCCCCGGUAGACUUUGUAUCCUGGGACUCAGGGGAACCACGAUAUCCGUCCGUCAACAAAUGUGUGAGGAUAAAUUCAGAUACUGGUAUGUAUCCUGGGGCUCGGACAAACCAGGUUAUCCUUCUGUUAACAGGUGUGUCAAGAUACAGUCAGGUUCAGAAAAAAAGUUACUGUACAUCAUAA